UCUAGUGGGGGUUUUAUAAAGCGCCUCUCUGGCCCCCUUCCCUCCGUCAGAGAGGCUAAAAGGUCCACUGGACGGUCCGUCUAUCCCUGUCUCUGCUUCAGAAUCCCCCCCUUUAUAAUUGAUGCCCAUCUCCUCUUGACAAGUCCCGUCACCUGAGACCUCCACCCACACCCCCUCAUCAUCUCACACCUAUGUCUUAUCGACAGGUGGAGAGAGGUGGUAACCGACUGAGGUGACUUUACCAACCUGGUUGACAGUUUGGUAAAGAUUUGUCGAGUGGAUUUAUCCAUCUGAUAUCCUGGUCAGUUGAACAAAAAAGGAGAUCCUUUUUUUAAACUUUGGCAUUUUAAAAAGACUGAAAAGGUAAACACCUUUUCCUGAAUCACCUCCAUUUAUUUUCGAAGAACCCUCUUUGUUUAGUGCCACGCCUCAACGCAAACAGUCGUCAUGUGGGAGUUCCGGUCGAUGAAUUUCUGGCGGGCGGUCUUCGCCGAGUUCUUUGGGACCAUGUUUUUUGUGUUUUUCGGCAUGGGUGCCGCCCUGCGCUGGACCACCGGGCCCCAUCACGUCCUCCACGUGGCCCUGUGCUUCGGCCUGGCAGCCGCCACCCUCGUCCAGUCCAUCGGCCACAUCAGCGGCGGCCACAUCAACCCUGCCGUCACCUUCGCCUACCUUGUCGGUUCACAGAUGUCCUUUUUCCGCGCCUUCUUCUACAUCAUCGCCCAGUGCCUGGGUGCUGUCGCCGGGGCUGCGGUGCUCUACGGAGUCACGCCCGGCAACAUGAGAGGCAACAUGGCAAUGAACACGUUGCAGCCUGGGAUCAGCCUGGGGAUGGCCACCACUGUGGAGGUCUUCCUAACCAUGCAGCUCGUUGUCUGUAUUUUUGCGGUGACCGAUGAGAGAAGAAAUGGUCAUCUGGGAUCGGCUGCCCUCUCUAUCGGCUUCUCCGUCACUAUCGGACACCUCAUGGGGAUGUACUACACUGGUGCCGGCAUGAACCCUGCCAGGUCCUUUGCUCCUGCUGUGCUCUUCAGAAACUUCAUCAAUCACUGGGUGUACUGGGUCGGGCCGAUGAUCGGGGGUGCCAUGGGUGCCCUCUUGUACGAUUUCAUGCUGUUCCCACGUAUGAGGGGUUUGUCUGAGCGCCUGGCCACGCUGAAGGGCAGUCGACCCCCCGAGAGCGAGACUCAGCAGGACACUCGCGGAGAGCCCAUCGAGCUCAAAACACAAGCCCUAUAAACCUGUUCCGGAC